AUGGCAGGCGAUGACUUCGCUGUCGAGGCAUUCACCCUCCUAGCUAUUGCCAUCGUCACCAUCGCCAUUCGCAUCGUUGCACGAUGGUUCACCGCCGGCUGGAAGAACUUUAUGCUCGAUGAUUAUUUGAUGCCGUUGGCGGGGGUAGUAUACGGUCUCGAAACAGGCGCCGCCUACUGCGUCAGCGCUUGGUGGAAAGGUCUCGCCAACAAUGCCAUGACGGACGCUGAGCGCGCCGCGCUCUCGCCGUCUUCAGAGGAGUACCAUUUGCGGGUUGGGGGGUCCAAGACCCAGGUAUUAGGGUGGUCGCUGUAUACCACGUUGUUGUGGCUGCUCAAGUCGUGCAUGGCUGUGUUUUACUCUCGAUUGACGGCCGGCCUCAUCAACAUGCACAUCCGCAUCCGCAUCGCCUACGUCCUCAUCGCAGUCACCUACAUCGCUGUUAUCCUCAGCAUCCUGGUCGGAUGUCACCCCAUCCAAAAGAACUGGCAGAUCAACCCCAACCCGGGGAACUAUUGUCAGCCGGCUGUCUCGCAUAUUGAUGUUUACGUGACGGUGGUGUUGAAUGUUGCUACGGACGUGUAUUUGAUUUCCAUCCCGACCCCUAUCCUCUUCAAAGCCCGUCUCCCCUGGCGCGAGAAACUUGAGCUCCUUAUCCUUUUCAGUGGCGGUACCUUUGUCAUGGCGUGUGGCAUUCUGCGUUGUGUGUUGAUCGUCACUGCCGGCGCCAACGGUGCCUCCCAAGCCGGCAGCUGGGCCUGUCGCGAGACCUUCGUAGCGGUAAUAAUCGGCAACGCGCCCAUGAUCUACCCGAUGUGUCGGCGGCUAGCGAUGCGAGCAGGCUGGUACAUGUCCACCAAAGGCACCAAGGGCAGCUCACAGAGCUAUCCGUUAUCAGAGGGAGCAGCGCAUUCAGGUACCGACAAUAGCAAGAACAAGAGACGGAAGUUCAAGCAUCCAUUGUCGUUGCCGGAUACGCAGUGGAAUACGGUUAGUGAUGAGCAGAUGAUGCUUCCGCCGGGCGAGUGGGAGGUUAGUCAUGCGGCGAGGAGUACCGGGAAUGGGAAUGGGACGGAUGGGAAUAGUAGUAAUGGGGUGUAUGAUGGGGGGUGGAAGGGGGGGAGGGAGACGGUUGUUUCAACAACUUGA